CCCAGCAGCAUGGAGUGUGUGGCCCUGCUCGCUGCCCACUGCCCCGUGCCCAGACGGCACCGCACAGCCAUCGGAUCGGGCCGGGCCUGCGGGGCAUCACAGCGCUGCCCCUGAGCCGUGCCCCCGCUGCGUCCCCAUGGAGAGGAUGAGCUGGCUGAGCAAACUGACCCCACGCGGGGUUGGGCAGCGUGCUGCCCGCAGCGCCAGCCUGCAGAGCCCCGUCACCGCCGACCCCGAGACCUGCCUGAUGGUCUUCAAGAACCACUGGGCGCAGGUGCUGCGCAUCCUGGAGCGCCGCGGCUGCGCGCCAGCCCCCGACGACCUGAGCGCGGUGCGGAACAACACCUACCAGCUGCUCAACCUGCUGGCCGAGGACCGGCCGCGCGGCGAGGCCAACGCGGGGCCCAUCCUGGAGUUUGUGGUGGCCGAGAAUCUGCUGGAGCGGCUGCUGGGCUGGCACCUGCAGGGCGACUUUGGCGAGGAGCGCAAGGUGGAGCAGCUGAAGCUGUAUGAGAUGCUCAUCAGCCAGGCCCGGCAGCCCCUCCUGCGGCACCGCGCCGUGCUCACGCCGCUGCUGCGCCUGCUCAGCCUCUGCGCCGAGCCCAGCUCCGCGCCGCUGGAGAACAGCCUGGUGCUGCUGCUCAACCAGCUCUGCGUCUCGGUGGCCAAAGAGCCCGCCAUCCUGGAGCUCUUCUUUCACAGCCACACCGACCAGGGCCCUGCCAACCUCAUCAUCUUCUCCCUCCUCAUCCCUUUCAUCCACCAUGAGGGCGUGCUGGGGCAGCAGGCCCGCGAUGCGCUGCUGCUCAUCAUGGCCAUGUCGGCCAGCAACCACGCCGUCGCCAAGUCCAUCACCGACAAUUCCUACUUCUGCCCGGUCUUGGCCACGGGGUUGAGCGCGCUGUACUCCUCGCUGCCCCGCAAGAUCGAGGUGCGCGGGGACGACUGGCACUGCCUGCGCCGCGAGGACUGGAUCGGGGUCUCCUCCCUUGUGCUCUUCAUGAACUCAUUGGAAUUCUGUAACGCCGUCAUCCAGGUCGCCCACCCGCUGGUGCAGAAGCAGUUGGUGGAUUACGUGCACAACGGGUUCCUGGUGCCCGUCAUGGGACCGGCGCUGCACAAGACCUCCAUCGAGGAGAUGAUCGCCAGCACCGCCUACCUGGACCUGUUCCUGCGCAGCGUCAGUGAGACGGCUCUGCUGAAAACCUUCCUGCGCUUCGUGCUGCUGCACCGCCACGACAACACCACCAUCCUCGACACGCUCGUCAGCCGCAUCAACAGCAACUCGCGGCUUUGCAUGGUGUCCCUGAGCCUCUUCCGGACGCUGCUCAGUCUCAACUGUGAGGACGUGAUGCUGCAGCUGGUGCUUAGGUACCUGCUGCCCUGCAGCCACGUCAUGCUGAGCCAGAAGCGGGCGGUGCGGGACCUGGACAUCUAUGGCAAGACGGCCGCCAAGUUCCUCUCGCUCAUCCCACGCUGCUGCCGCCCUGAGAAUGUACCACUGCCAGAGCGGGACGAGGAGCAUGCGGCAUGGGCAAAGGGGCAGAGCAGCCCCAGCGUGGAUGCGUCCUCGGCAGUGCCGGUGCCGCGGCCCUCCACACCGUCACGCCUCGCUUUCUUCAUGCGGCAGCAGAGCGGCGGCCCAGAGGCAGCCGGCACAGUGCCGCGCUCCCCUGGCACACCGAGUGGCAGCCCUGCACACCGGGCUGCCCGCUGGGAGGAGGUGGCAGAGCUGGACAGGAACUACCUGGAGUACCUGCGGGAUGCACGCCGCAGCAUCGACCGCUGUGCGUGGGCGUGCCGCGUCUGGUCGGCCCCCUAUGAUGGCGAGGAACCUGCGGCCCCCGGAACCACCCCCGACGUGGCCCCUCUGCCUGACAGCGCCCCGGCCCCGACCCCGCGGACUAAGAAGCGGGGGUUACCUGAGGAGGGGGCAGGGAGGGCUCCCAGCCCCAGCGAGCCCCACGCUGUUGGGCCCAACCCUAAUGCACGGGACUCAGGGGCACUGGUGAAUGGGGCGCAUGGGCACACAGAGCCAGGGCGGCCCGAAGGGGACGUGGUGGUGAAGAAAGUGCGCAGGAGUCCGCGAGGCGAGGGGCUGGCACACAACGGGGCUCGGGCGCAGGCUGCGGGCUGGGAGCCCCCACGCUCGGUGGACUCACUGCUGGAGGAGCUGCUGGCCAAGGCACCAGCUGAACCCAACGGGGCGGGUGUCAGUAUUGAGGCCUUCACCCAGGAGCUGCGAGAGAUUGAGGCCGAGAUGGAGAACGGGGCCAGGGCUGAGCCGCCUGCCGUGCCUGAGCCACUGCUGUCCCAUGAGGAGGAGGAGGCCUACGCCAGCUUCGCCGCUCUGCCUGAGGGCGAGGAGGCACUGGGCCGUGUGCGGGUGCUGGACCCGCUGGCGCAGGCCGUGGCCAGCCCACCACGCACUGUGGGUCCACCUCACAGCCAACCCUUCACAGGGCCCUUCAUGACGGUGCUCUUCGGUAAGCUGGAGAACAUGCUGCACAACUCCCUCUACGUGAACUUCCUGCUGACGGGGCUGGUGGCCCAGCUGGCCUGCUACCCACAGCCGCUGCUGCGCUCCUUCCUGCUCAACACCAACAUGGUCUUCCAGCCCAGCGUCAAAUCGUUGCUGCAGGUGCUUGGCUCGGUGAAGAACAAGAUUGAAAGCUUUGCUGCCAGCCAGGAGGACUUCCCCACGCUGCUCUUCAAGGCCAAGAAGUACCUGAUUGCCCGUGGCAAGCUGGACUGGGCUGAUGCACCAGGUGUCAUGCCGGCGCUGCGCCGCUCAGAGACGUUGGGUGAGAUGGGGACAGAGCUGCUGCUAUGGGGCUGGGGGUGCUGAGGGUGCACUGUGUGUGGGGGUGCCCAUGGUGCUACAUGGGGUGCGGGAGCUGCUCUGAGAAGACGGGGAGCUCAUGUCCCUUUGUGUGGAGGGCUGGGGGUUGCCAUGGUGAAUGGGCUGUGGCACCGGAGUUCAGGGGCUGCACAUUGCAUUGCACGGGGGCUGUGUGCUGUUCUGGGUGCUGCAUGCAAGACUUGGGUCUGCCUCUUGCAUGCUGCUGUAUGCUACAUGGCACUAGGGGCUGCAUUGCACUGCCGUCUGCACGUGGCACUGCUCGCAGGGCUGGGUUCUGCUUCUCCAUUGCAGCACACAGCUCCUAGACCGUAGCAGCAAUGCACAGGAGGCUGCAUGCAAACUCAUCUCUGCCUCCCCCUUGCUGCAUUGCACUGGGGGCUGCACGUGGCCCGGCGUGCAGCCUGGGCUUUGCCUCACAUCACGCACCGGGUUGUGCCCCACGCAGCACCCUGGGCCGCGCACUGGGCUGUGCCCCGUGUUCCGUGCCGUGCCCCAUGCCUUGCCCUGGGCCGUGUCCCAGGCUGUGCCUGCGGCAUCUCGCGUU